UUUUAAGGAUUUUUAUGAAAUGGAGCCRCACAAGUUCCAAAACAAGACCAACGGCAUCACUCCUCGCCGCUGGCUGGUUAUGUGCAACCCGGGUCUGGCAGAGGUCAUCGCAGAGAGAAUCGGUGAGGAGUUCAUCCGUGAUCUGGACCAGCUCAAGCGUCUCCGUGACUUUGUGAACGACGAGGCCUUCAUCCGGGAUGUUGCCAAAGUGAAGCAGGAGAACAAAAUGAAGUUCGCUGUGCACUUGGAGGAGCACUACAAGGUGAAGAUCAACCCCAACUCCAUGUUUGACAUCCAAGUAAAGAGGAUCCAUGAAUACAAGAGGCAACUGCUCAACUGUCUUCACAUCAUCACCUACUACAACCGCAUCAAGAAGGAUCCAAACAGGCAAUGGACUCCUAGAACCAUCAUGAUUGGAGGRAAGGCUGCUCCUGGAUACCACACGGCCAAGAUGAUUAUCCGACUGAUCACAGCCAUCGGCGACGUCAUCAACAACGACCCCGUGGUCGGAGACCGUCUGAAGGUCAUCUUUCUGGAGAACUACAGAGUCACCCUGGCGGAGAAAGCCAUCCCAGCGGCAGACCUGUCAGAGCAGAUCUCCACUGCAGGCACAGAGGCUUCAGGAACAGGCAACAUGAAGUUCAUGCUGAACGGUGCUCUGACCAUCGGGACCAUGGACGGAGCCAACGUGGAGAUGGCCGAGGAGGCCAGCGAGGAGAACCUCUUCAUCUUCGGCAUGAGGGUGGACGACGUCGAAGCUCUUGACAAGAAAGGAUACCAUGCUGAAGACUACUACAACCACCUGCCUGAGCUGAAACAGGCCAUCGACCAGAUUGCUGGUGGAUUCUUUAGCCCGAAGCAACCCGACCUGUUCAAGGAAAUCGUCAACAUGUUGAUGCAUCACGACCGGUUUAAGGUCUUUGCUGACUAUGAAGACUAUAUUAAAUGCCAGGAGAAAGUCAACGCUCUUUACACGAACCCCAAGGAAUGGACCAAGAAGGUGAUCUACAACAUUGCUGGAUCUGGCAAGUUCUCCAGCGAUCGCACCAUAGCCCAGUAUGCCCGGGAGAUCUGGGGGGUGGAGCCCAACUUGGAGAAACUCCCCGCCCCCGAUGACAAACACUAACCCUGUCCUCAUGACAGCUAACACCGCCCAAGUUUUCUCAACAGGGUCAGAUCCCCAUAGAACCUCUGUCGUUUCUGCCAAGAAGCACCCCCCACCCCAACCGCCCACCCCCACACACAAACCUGCAUCCACACCUCUAAACCUUUAACAUCUGGAAAGUUUACAUUUUUCAUACACAUGCACAUUCACAAUCCAACUGGUGCUGAUAAACUGUAAUCAAGAGUUACUUUUUAGCUCUUUUGAUGUGGAUAAAAAAUAGGUUUUGUGGUGGGCUUUGUACUUUUAUUACUGAUCCUUUUUUUAUUCAAAAAUAUUGUAUGUCCACUCAGAUGCUUUCUGAAUAAAAUUUGUCUUAAAUACGA